UUUGGGGAUUUUGAUAACCGCCACCGCGGGCUGGGGGCGCCCCAGAGUUCUUAGUUCAAAGAGCGAAGCCCGGAAAACGCACCUUUUUUCACCUUUUGGCUAAAAUUGGAACAGGAUUCCCCAAACUUCCUUUGGUGGAAAAAAAAAAAAAAACCCAGCCCCAACGGCCGAGGAGUGUGAAUUCCUGGCGUAGGACCCGCGGUUUAUUCAAAGUUUAUUUUGUCUUAAAAAUGAGGAAUUUGCACUUUGUUUUGCGGCCUGCUUUUCACUCGUUGGAAAUGUUUAACGCCACCUGUUAGAUUGUUCCACCCCGGCAGCCAGGGCUCCUCCUGUGGCUUCACCUGCCCCGACAUGCCCUCCCUGCCGGCCGAGGGUUACUUUGAACGGAACUGCUUUCCGAGGUGGAAGAACCAAAGUCUGGCCCCUAUAACUAAGCGCGAUGGAAGCCGCCCGAGUCCAUUUAAUUUUUAGCUUUUACCUAAGGUUCUGACCGCUAAGCCUGAGGCCCAGGCGCUAGUCUCCCUUAGUGGUGUUUGUGAUUGACCUGCCCUUGUUUGACCUAGUGAUGUGCUUUCCUAUGCAGAGCGUGAAAUUCUGGAUAUGCCGGUCUAGAAGCCUCAGGAGCUGCUUUUAUCUUGUGAAUUGUUUGGAUACUUAAGAAGACUAUUUGAAGACUGCUUUUGGAAUCAAGUAGAAUGGAUCCCAGCAGUGACUACCAUUUCCUCAACCAGAUUUUGUGGAGAAGGGUGAAACUCACAUUGGUUUGUGGCAUCUUUGAGGGGGUGCUCCAGCAUGUGGACCCUAACAAGAUUGUUGUCCUAAAAAAAGUGAAGAACGUGGAGACUGGCCGAAGUAUCCCUGGAGUGAAGAUGUUUUUUGGGCAUGAGAUUGUGAAUGUGGAACUACUGGAUGAAGUGGAACAAGGUUCAGUGAGAGAAAAGACAUCUGUUAGUCCAAAUACAGAAAGAACCAGGGUGGAUAAAAUGAAAGAUGCAGAACUAAAUGUAUGUGAACUUUCUUCAUCUGCCCCUGAGGCACCUAUCACCUCUCUACUGAAUGACCUCAAGUACAGCCCAUCAGAAGAAGAAGAGGUGACAUACACAGUUAUUGAUCAGUUCCAGCAGAAGUUUGGUGCUGCAAUGCUUCAUAUCAAAAAGCAGAGUGUCCUGAGUGUGGCAGCAGAAGGAGUUAAUGUGUGUCGUCAUGGGAAACUAUGUUGGCUCCAGGUGGCUACAAAUAGCCGAGUUUACUUAUUUGACAUUUUCCUCCUGGGAAGUCGUGCUUUCAACAAUGGACUUCAGAUGGUAUUAGAAGACAAGAGAAUUUUGAAGGUUAUCCAUGAUUGUCGUUGGCUUUCUGACUGCCUCUCUCAUCAGUAUGGAAUUUUGCUGAAUAAUGUCUUUGACACACAGGUAGCAGAUGUCCUUCAAUUUUCCAUGGAAACAGGUGGCUUUCUUCCAAACUGCAUUAGUACUUUGCAGGAGAGUUUAAUCAGACACCUCAAAGUAGCCCCUAAAUAUCUCUCCUUUCUGGAAGAGAGACAAAAACUAAUUCAGGAAAAUCCAGAAGUGUGGUUCACAAGACCUCUUUCACCCUAUUUGCUGAAAAUUUUGGCUUUGGAAGCCACCUACCUGCUACCCCUUCGUUUAGUACUCCUGGAUGAGAUGAUGUCUGACCUAACUACCCUGGUAGAUGGGUACUUGAACACCUAUCGAGAAGGGUCAGCAGACCGCCUAGGAGGCACAGAGCCUACGUGUAUGGAUCUUCCAGAGGAACUGCUUCAACUUACAAGCUUCCAGAAGCAGCGUAGAGAGCGAGCUGCCAAAGAAUAUAGGGUGAAUGCACAGGGACUCCUAAUAAGGACAGUGCUCUAUCCAAAAAAAACAGUGACAGAGACAGCAGAGAAAGGGGAAAGAGUAAGAGGUUUCUUACGUUGUAAAAAUUCUAGGCUUCACGAAGGUCCAAGUUUUACCUCUCAUGAGGAUAUAAAUUUGCUGAAAGAAGAACCUAAAACAACAGAACCUCAGCAUCUACAUCCCAUGAAGGAGGGAGAAGCCAGUGAGGCAUCCAGUAACAAACUCACUUGCCUGGAGUCAGAGGCGUUGGAGGAAGAGAGAACAACUCAAAAAGAACAACUUCAGGUACCCAAGCAUGAGUUUCAGACAAAUUUAUCUUUAAAAGAGGAGAUAGAACAGUUGCUGAUGGUAGAAAACAAGGAACAUUUAAAAUGCGUAAUACAAGAUGAUUCAUUGUCUCCUUCCCUUCCUCAGGAAGCUGGAGUGUCUCCAAGUGACACCUUUCAUACUUUUAGAAAAGCUGUGCUUUCCACACUUCCUCCUUGUCCAGCUUUGGAGAAGACUGAUUCCUGGGUAAAUCCUUUUCUAGAUCAGCCUUAGAGAUCUGCUGUUUGUUCCAGAGGCUGUAAAGAUGGCUCAUUUCCCCUGCCAUGGGGGCCUUCCUCAUUGUUUAAGUUUCUCAUGUAAAUUUUGUCACAUCUCUGUCAUAGGCUUGGCAGAAAAAUAAUAUUCACUUACUCCUAUAUUCCUGGUAUUUGAUUAGAAUGGGAAUAUGUUAAUUAAAGGAGUAAAUGUUCUGAUCAUAUUACUGUGCAUAAAUGUUCUCAGUGGCCAGAGUGAAUUAUUUUCUUAUAAUUUGGAUUUAGAGGAUUUGAAGAAGGAAAAAAUCUUGAGCUUAGUAAACAGAAAAAUCCAUAUUUUUAAAAUUUUGUGUUUUAUGGUUUGAACGGAGUUGGUAAAACUCUUAGUUAAAAGUUUAAAAAAAUUGGUACCUGAUAACUUCAGAGUAUGUUUUUCUUUAUUAAAGAGAUUGAUUUGUCAAUUAUAUAUCAAUGAGGCUGAAAAAAAUAUUAGCUUUAUAUUUGAAUUUUGAAUGUUUGGUCUGUUCAUGUCAUACAAAAAUAAUAGAUGAUGUUAAUAUAAGGAUAUCCCAGUUGUAAUUUUUUUUUUCAUUCCACUUACUUUGAAUAGGUUUUGUCCAAUUUCCUAAAAAGCAGAGACUUCUUUUGAGUAUGUUUAGUAUGUAAACUUAAAAUUAGAAUCCACUGUGUUUGAAGUUGAUAUACUUUUCUUAGGGUGAAAGAAGAACAGCUCAUACUGAGCCUUUUUUAUAUUGAAUACUUGUAAGUUGCAUACAUUUUUUGUGUGUGUAUAUAACCAAUAAAACUGUU